GGCAAACGUACAGCAAAAAUGCAGAAAUCAAACCAGCUUCAGUGGGAAAAAAAAAAGUCUGCUUCACUGUCACUGAUUGGCCUCUCCUACAUUUCACUUUCCUAGAAAAUUUUCAUCUUUUUCCAGACAAACAACGAAUGAAUGUGCGGAGUGGAACACUGCAAUUUUCGUUGGGGCCUCACCAAACCGCGUCUGUUGAAAACUGGAAUGUUGGACUCUCUCUUUGGUAGUGCGUCUUUCCUGGAAUUUUCCUAGAAAAACCUUGACUCUUCUCAUCCAAUACGUCUCUCUUACUUUCAGUCUUCUAAUCUGCUUCUCGCUUUACACGUCACUAAAUUGCUGCUUCUGAGACGGAGAUUGAGCUAGAAAGAGAUACACCUGGCAGAUUUAUAGUUUCAGCUUCCCAUAAAUUAAUAGGGUCCGGUUUAGGCGGUUCAAGUAGAGAAGAUUCAGAAUAGACAUUUAACAAUGGUAGGAUUGGAACUCAUACCAGUAGGCACAAUUCUGGCUGUGCUUACCAAUCAGAUUUUGAAAACAGCUAACGCAGCAUCUGAAGUUCUUAUUGAAAAAGAAAUUUUUAAGGUUCUUUCACAACACUUGUACGAUAUUGAACCGGUGCUAAAGGAAUUACAGCUUCAAGAAUUGAAUGAGUCUCAAGCUGCAAGAAUUGCUCUGGAGUCUCUGGAAGAAGAUGUGAAGAGGGCAAAUAAAGUGGUUGAGAAGUACAGGAACCGGGGUCGUUUUUACUUGCUGUUUAAGUGCAGGCACAUAGUUGAUGAAGUUGAAGAGGUCACAAGAAGCAUUGGAAAGUCCUUGUCUGUGCUAUCACUUGCAAAUACUGAAGUCUUAUCGCGAAUUUCUGAUCAGGUUGAUAGAUUGCAAAAUGAAAUGCAAAGGGUAGAGUUCGAGGCAUCACAAUCUCAGAUUCAAAUAGUGGAGAGGUUGGACCAGGGCCUUAGGGAGCAGAAACAAGACCAGGCUUUUGCAAAUGACAUGCUUGAAGAAAUUGCAAGGGCGGUUGGCGUGCCAGUCGAGCCCUCAGAGAUAAGCAAAGAGUUGGCCAGCAUUAGGAAAGAAAAAGAAGAAGCUGCGGACAGGAAAGAAAGAGCUGAGGUCUUCUUCUUGGAGCAGGUCAUUGAGUUACUGUCCCGAGCUGAUGCUGCAAGAGAUUAUGAAGAAGUUAAGAAACAAUACUAUGAAAGACUUCAGGUGAUAGAGAGGUACAAUUCAAGGGAAAAAUAUAUAGAGCCGCUUAAUUCUUUCCUUUGUUGUAUAACUGGGACUGUUAUGGUAGAUCCAGUAAGCCUUUGUACGGGUACCACUUGUGAGAGAUAUGCCAUUGAGUCUUGGUUUGACAGUGGCAUGAGGACUGACCCAGAAACUAAAGAAAUCCUUGAAGAUACUAAGUUGAGAUCUAAUGUUCCUCUUAGACAAUCCAUAGAGGAAUGGAGAGAACUUAAUUACUGCCUUACAAUUAGGUCCAUCAGAGAAAACCUUUUAUCAAGUGGUAACUUAUCUGUGGAAGAAUCCUUGAACCAAGUGCAGGAUCUCAUAAGAGAGAAUUCUAUAAACAAGGACUGGAUUUCUAUAGGAGGGCUCACAGACAUGAUCAUCUCCAUCCUUGGGAGCACUGAUAAUGGAGAUGUAAAGAUCAAUAUUUUGAAUACUUUGAAUUAUGCAGUAGAAGGGCAUAUGAGAAACAAGGAAAAAGUAUCAGAGUCUCAAGGAUGGGAUCACAUUAUUUGCUGUUUGGGAAGCGACUCAAGAAUUUCAAAAGCUGCCAUUGAUUUGCUGCAUGAGUUAAUGGAAGGUCGAGCUGGUUGGAAUGUGUCUUUCUGUAGAAAACUCUCUCAGCAUCACAGUGCAAUUUCAUUCCUUGUUAACCUUCGGAAGGGUCCAGACGAGGAGUCAGCUGAGAUUGCAGAAAAGAUUCUGAUGGAGCUUUUCGACAUAGAUGAGGCCAACAUUUCUAGUGCUGCCAAGUUUGGCUGGUAUAAACCGCUUGUUGAUCGUAUGGUUCAAGGCGUAGAAUCUUCAAGAAUAUCAAUGGCUAAAACCAUUGUCAAUAUGGAGCUGAGCAAUUUAAAUUUGAACCUCCUUGGUGAAGGAGUUAUACCUCCUUUGCUCGAAAUGCUGUCUGGCAAUAUUGAAUUAAAAGAAGUCUCAUUAUCUGCACUGGUUAAACUAUCAGGUUCUCGUGCCAAUAAAAGUAUUAUAGCUUCACUGGGAGGAGUUCCUAUUAUUCUAGAACAGAUGUUCUCUCCUUCUAUGCGAACUCUCAUUACCAUAAAAUGCUCUGAAAUCCUGGAGAAGCUUUCUGCUGAUGAUGAUGGAAUUGAUUACUUUGUUGAUAAAGAAGGGAAACAACUUGAGCUAGAUUCCAUUAUCACCAAAUUACUUGCCCUUCAGCAGAGUCCCAACUUAGCCCACAAUAUCCGCAAGCCUUCUUUACGUGCACUUCUUGGAAUUUGCAAGUUUGAGACUGGUUUAGUCAAGAAAGCUGUCCUAGCUGCCAGUGGUGUGUCUCUAAUCCUUCCCCUUCUUGAUGACUCUGAUUCAGAAAUCAGACAGACUGCCAUAAACCUUCUCUUUCUUUUCUCUCAACAUGAGCCAGAAGGAGUGGUUGAAUACCUCUUCAGGCCAAGGAGGCUGGAGGCUUUGGUGGGAUUUCUAGAGACUGAUGAUAAUGAAGUACAGAUGGCUGCUGCUGGUUUACUAGCAAACCUACCGAAAUCCGAAAAAGAGCUCACUAUGAAGCUGAUUGAAUUGGGUGGCCUUGAUGCAAUCAUAUGCAUUUUGAAAACUGGAAUAAUGGAAGCAAAAGAAAAUGCUCUCAGUGCACUCUUCAGGUUCACAGAUCCUACAAACAUCGAGUCACAACGCGAUUUGGUUAAACGUGGAAUAUAUCCUCUGCUUGUGAAUUUUCUCUCCACUGGUUCAAUAACAGCUAAGGCUAGAGCUGCAGCCUUCAUUGGAGAUCUUUCUUUGAGCACUCCAAUGCUCACAGUUUCUGCCGAAUCAACAGGCUGCUGGUGUUUUAGAUCAUCAAGAGUUCCUUUGUGCCCAGCACAUAGUAGUGUAUGCAGUGUGAGCAACACAUUUUGUCUCUUGGAAGCAAAAGCUUUACCUGGUUUGGUGAAUCUCUUAUGUGGGGAGGUUGAUGUAACUGCUUAUGAAGCAAUACAGACACUUUCAACAUUGGUUUUAGAAGAUUAUCCUCAAAGGGGAGCACGUGUUUUGCACGAAUGGAACGCUAUAAAACCGCUUCUAGAUAUUCUGACAUGGGGGUCUGAUUCUCUGAAGGCUGAGGCUCUAGGACUCUUAGAGAAGGUCUUUGUAUCAAAGGAAAUGGUGGAAUCCUACGGCGUAACAGCUAGAUCACGUCUGGUUGGUUUGACGGGGAUGAAUAUUUAUGGAGAUGGCCAUCUCAGAAGAAAAGCUGCUAAGGUAUUGUCAUUGAUUGAACGGUAUUCAAGGUCAUCAUCUGCUGCUGUUUCAGGAGUUCUAGAGUGACAUGCUUUGUUAGUAUUUUCAUGCUUUGUUAAUUCAUUAAGUAAUUGUUAAUAAACGUAGUUAUAUGCUGCUUGUUCAGCUUCAUGUCAAAAGACAUAACAACUCAACCGUGUAAGUUCCCCUUGUAAUUUAAAUAUAUUCUUUGAAUUA